AUGAGUAAUGAAACAGCUAUCACUACGAUCGAAAUAGUACAGAAAAAACUUAAAAAAUAUACUGCUUUAAAAGAGCAUGAAAAAGUAAAAGAAUAUCUUCGUAAAUUAUAUAAAACAUCUGUUACUACUUCCAUAAUUCAAGAAACUCAAAUUGAUCUUCUCAUUCGUCAACUUGCAUCAAAUAAAACAGCUAAUUAUAGUUCAUUAGCAAAAAGUUUACUAAAACGAUGGCAUCAUAAAAGACUAAUAUCCACAUCUACAAAAAUCAAAUCUACAAUACAUUCACAUAUAACAAUUGUUGAAAACAAUUGUAAUAAUGAUAGAAGAAAUUCUGAUGAAAUAAGUGAAUCUCAAUCAUCUGAUGAUAAUAAAAAACGUAAAGUUCUUUCACUUGCCCAAUAUCUUGAAAAUAAAAAACAUGUUUUAUCACCAUCAUCGACAAUAAAUUCAACUCAUAAUAAAUUAACUGAUGUUCAAAUUGAAAUUAUUAAUGCACAAUUUAAAGCUACGACAGAAAAAUUGACUGCUAGUGCACCUGAUAUUGAUAAUAUUCUUAAUCAAAAUUCAAUACAAACAGAUAAACUAAAUAACAAUCGAAUUGAUUAUAUUGUUAAAAGACCAAUUAUUGAACAGCAAAAAACAAAAUUUAAUGAUUUAUGGACUGAAGAUGAUGACGAUGAUGAUGAUAUUAAUUCGCAAUUACAAAUUACUCAAUCCAAUACAAUAAAUAGUAGUAGUGUUCAGAUUCAAAAAAUACGAUAA